CUUUCACUUACUACGCCUCUGGUACCUAAUCCUUUUUCUUGCCACCGUCUGUCUUAUCACCGACAUCACCCUCUCCAGCACUCGAGAUUUCAGGGACAAUGCUGUCAUUUCUUCUUUUCCAAUACCCCUUCUAGCGGACGUGUGCACAGUCCUAAUCUUUGCCUAUGGUCUUUGGGGGAAGCCUCAGCCGUUUCUCUUGCCAACAUCGUCUCCAACAUCCAAUAAAUGCACGCGUUUCACUCGGCAUGUUGGUACGACUCUAUUGAUCGGUUUAUGGAUCAUGAACACAACCAUCUAUGCUUCUGCAAAGAUUAUGCUCAGGAAAGUCAUGGCAGGUGUAUCGACCUUGAUUGCAAUUCUUGUCUUUGUCGAGAUGAUUGGCAGUAUACGUAUCGGAAGGGAGCAGCGAAGGAUCCUGAAACAAGAAAAAAGGUGUCUCGAAAGUGCAAAGAUACAAGAGAACAACAAUAGCAAUGAUAGUAACACGACAGUAGACGGGAAUGGCCAAGACCAUUCUUCUGGAAUCAUAUCUGCAAGAGGAGGAGAAAGCUGCGAACGACUGAUUGAGAAAGAUAGUGAGGGUGGCGUUAUGGUGGAGAUUAUCAGGCCGGAGGAGGUAGAUCCAGCCAUGGUCAUUUACGACCAACGAAUUAUGCAUGAACUUUGUCAACAACAGCAGCAGUAUCGCCAGCAAUAUCAGCAUUAUUUGGAAUGGAUGACGGUCUCGGCUCUAACUUCAAUACAGUCCUCCUUCAAACUUGAGAUUCCAAUGAAUGAACCUUUUGAGAGAUCAACAUCGCCGUCAUCAUCGUCAUCACCUCCAUCACCGUCGCACUUAAUGGCGUCUAUAGUAACAAUACCACCAGUAGCGGCAUUGCUAGCACCAAUGACAGGAUCGUCAGCUAAAAUGAAGCAGCUUUUCAGACCAACAGCGCCACCAGCGACAGCAUCCUGUGAAUUAUUAAUAACCCCAGAUUACAAUACUACAGGAGACUAUCAUACUCUAGAGAAGGCAGCGCUUUCAAUAGAGCGGUAG